AUUAAAUCAACAACAAAAAAUUAAUAUGGAGGAUCCACCAACUGGUUUUCGUUUCUACCCAACAGAAGAAGAACUAGUUGGAUUCUAUCUACACAACCAGCUUGAAGGACAAAUGCAUCAUCACAUAAACAGAGUUAUCCCUGUCAUUGAUAUCAAUGCCAAAGAGCCAUGGGAUCUUCCAACAUUUGCAGGGGAGAAAUGUCGUGGAGAGACAGAGCAAUGGUUUUUCUUUUCACCAAGACAAGAGAGAGAGUUGAGAGGAGGAAGACCUAAUAGAACAACAUCUUGUGGAUAUUGGAAGGCCACAGGUUCACCAAGCUAUGUUUACUCUUCUAAAAACAAAGUGAUUGGGAUAAAGAAAACCAUGGUGUUUUACAAAGGGAAAGCUCCUUCUGGAAGGAAAACCAAAUGGAAAAUGCAUGAAUACAAAGCCAUUGAACAACACUCUCCUUCCAACACAAACCCUCCUAAGUUGCGACACGAAUUCAGCUUGUGUCGCAUUUAUGUGAUAUCGGGAAGCUUUUGUUCAUUUGAUCGAAGACCAUUAGAAAUGCCAAAAGUGGAGUUACAACUUGAUCAUAAUGCUUCAACGUCUCAACAAGUGGUAGCAGAGCUCGAUGAAUCAAGUUUGUGCGCAACUACCCACUCGGGAGGGGCAGGAAGAAACCAUGAUGUUGCUCUUGUUGGAGGGUCAAGUGGAACAAAUUGGAAUAAUGUAGCAAAUAAUGGAGUUGAUGAACCUGAAGUACCUCUUUGGGAAUGGGACCAUCUAAAUUGGAUGUAACCUUAUAAGUCAAACCAUGCAUAGACCUUGCAAGACGUCUUAAUUCGUUGUGGUUGGUAAACUAGCCCAAGAAAAUUAUUUAAAUG